CCGUAACUAAGUUAAACUUGAAUUUUGUAAAGUUAAAUCGGCCGACUUAUUUUUAACGCUAAUUUCUUUUUUUUUUUUGUUUUAUUUAUAUAUAUUCACUAUCUCUAUUCUCUAUUCAGUAUUCUCUCACUAUUCUCUUGUGAUCGUAACCGCUGUUACGAUCGUCUUCUCUCUCACUCAUUCAGUCACUGCUUCCUUCGCUCAUCACUUCUCCGAUUCCAGCGAGGCGAUGGAAUUUACUCAGGCACUUUUGAAUGCUCAAUCCAUUGAUGGGACUGUACGUAAGCAUGCUGAAGAAAGUCUGCUGCAUUUUCAGGAGCAAAACCUUCCUGGUUUCUUGGUCUCUCUUUCUGUAGAGUUAGCAAGUGAAGAUAAACCAGUUGAUAGCCGAAAGUUGGCAGGUUUGAUACUUAAAAAUGCACUGGAUGCCAAGGAUGAAAACAGAAAGCACGAAUUGGCUCAGAGAUGGUUGUCGUUGGACUCUGCAGCAAAGGCUCAGGUUAAGGCAUGCUUGCUGCAAACACUAUCUUCUCUUGUACUUGAGGCUCGGUCUACAGCAACUCAAGUUGUUGCCAAAAUUGCUGGAAUUGAGCUUCCUCAGAAACAGUGGCCUGAGCUGAUAGGGUCACUUUUAUCAAAUAUUCAUCAAGUUCCUGCUCAUGUCAAGCAAGCAACUUUGGAGACUUUGGGGUAUUUGUGCGAGGAUGUCUCUCAUGAGGUUGUUGAUAAAGACCAAGUAGAUAAAAUUCUUACUGCUGUAGUUCUAGGUAUGAACUCAUCUGAAAGGAACAAUGAUGUUAGACUUGCUGCUACUAGGGCAUUAUAUAAUGCUCUUGGAUUUGCACAGGCUAAUUUUAGCAAUGAUAUGGAGCGUGAAUAUAUCAUGAGAGUUGUUUGUGAGACAACUAUGUCUCCUGAAGUGAAAAUACGGCAAGCAGCUUUUGAAUGUUUGGUUUCCAUUGCUGCCAUGUAUUAUGCAAAAUUGUCUCCUUACAUCCAGGAGAUAUAUAACAUCACAACAAAGAUCGUUAGGGCUGAUCAGGAGCCUGUUGCUCUUCAAGCCAUUGAAUUCUGGAGUACAAUUUGUGAUGAGGAGAUUGAUAUCUUGGAAAAUAAUGAGGGUGAUAUACCUUGUUUUUAUUUCAUUAAGCAGAACCUUCCUGCACUCAUCCCUCUGCUGUUGGAAACAUUACUCAAACAAGAAGAGGAUCAAGAUCUGGAUGAAGGUGCAUGGAAUAUUGCAAUGGCAGGUGGUACAUGCCUUGGUUUAGUUGCUAGUACUACUGGAGAUGAUAUUGUGCCACUGGUAAUGCCCUUCAUUGAGGAAAACAUUACCAAACCAGAUUGGAGACGGAGGGAAGCAGCCACUUAUGCAUUUGGCUCUAUCUUGGAGGGGCCUUCACCAGAAAAAUUAGUACCUCUUAUUAAUCAUGCUCUACCAUUUAUGCUCAGUGCCCUAGAGAAGGAUCCAAACAACCAUGUUAGGGACACCACUGCUUGGACUUUGGGACGAAUGUUUGAAUUUCUUCACAGUUCAAUUGUUGGCACACCUAUUAUUAAUGAGGGAAAUGCCCAACAAAUUAUUACAGUCCUCCUUCAGAGCAUGAAGGAUGUCCCUAAUGUUGCUGAGAAAGCCUGUGGAGCCCUGUACUCUCUCGCCAAGGGUUAUGAGGAUGUAGGACUAACAUCUCCUAUAACUCCCUUUUUCCAGGAAAUUGUUCAAGCCCUUCUCACUGUUACCCACAGAGAGGAUGCUAUGGAAUCACGUUUAAGAACUUCAGCAUAUGAAGCAUUGAAUGAAGUAGUAAGAUGUUCAACCGAUGAAACAGCUCCUUUGGUGUUACAACUAGUUGCUGUCAUCAUGAUGGAGCUGCACAAAUGUCUUGAAGCACAGAAUCUUUCUUCUGAUGAAAGAGAAAAACAGAGUGAACUUAUAGGCCUUCUUUGUGGGAGCUUGCAAGUAAUUAUUCAGAAGCUAGGGUCUUCAGAACCUACCAAAUAUGUUUUCUUGCAGUAUGCUGAUCAGAUAAUGGGACUAUUCAUCAGGGUCUUUGCUUGCAGAAAUGCCACCGCCCAUGAGGAAUCCAUGCUAGCUAUUGGAGCCCUUGCCUAUGCAAUAGGCCCUGAUUUUGCUAAAUACCUGCCUGAAUUUUACCAGUUUCUGGAGGCUGACCUUCAGAAUUUUGAGGAGUACCAAGUUUGUGCAGUAACUGUUGGUGUAGUAAGUGACAUUUGCAGGGCAUUGGAGGAUAAAAUACUGCCUUACUGUGAUGGGAUUAUGACACAACUUCUCAAAAAUUUGUCAAGUGGUAACUUACACCAUUCUGUGAAGCCCCCGUUAUUUUCAUGCAUUGGUGAUAUAGCACUUGCUAUAGGAGACAACUUCAAUAAAUACUUAACGUACGCAAUGAAGACACUACAAAAUGCUGCAGAGGUGUCCGCCCACACAUCAGGCUUGGACUCGGAAAUGGAAGAGUAUAUUAACUCUUUGAGAAAUGGGAUAUUAGAGGCAUAUUCUGGGAUCUUCCAAGGGUUUAAGAAUUCAUCAAAAACCGAGUUUUUGAUUCCUUAUGCUCCCCACAUCCUCCAGUUUUUGGAUAGCAUAUACAUGGAAAAAGACAAGGAUGCUGUGGUUACUAAAACAGCUAUUCGAGUCCUUGGAGAUCUAACUGAUACACUUGGAAGCAACGUUGGUUCUUUAAUUCAACAGAAUUCGUCAUGCACAGAAUUUUUGAAUAAUUGUUUGAUCUCAGAUGAUCACAUGAUUAAAGAAUCAGCUGAAUGGGUCAAGUCUGCUCUCAACCGUGCUAUAUCUGUGUGAGGUUCAUCUCAGUUAGCAUAUCCUUUGUCAUAAACUGCUUGCAUGCAUUUGGAUGUGUCGGGGUGGGGCAUGGGAUUGCAUGUGUCAAAUUGUCUCCAAGGUCAGUCGUGGGAUUGCAUAUGUCAAGUUGUCUCCAUGGUCAGUCGUGGGAUUGCAUAUGUCAAGUUGUCUCCAUGGUCAGACAACAGAAGGUGUCUGUUUGAAGGUCUUCAAGGUGUCACUAACUCGGUUUGCAUUAGCACUAGUACAUUCAAGAAUGCAUCACUGGCUUUUGCAUGAGAAUCGUUAAGGGCCCGUUUGUUAUAGAUUAAAAUAGAAGUGAUUUUGAUAUAAAUAAUUUGGAGAUUAUUCUUUAAAAAAAAUUAAGAAAAACAUAAACUUUGGUUGAAAAAGGCAUUCAAGUUGAAAACCGUGCAUGUCAAAAUAGUUUUUCAUUUUAUUGAAGAAGCACAUGCAUCACAAAUUGUGUUUUUUCUCUCUUCUAUUGAAAUGAUUUUCUUCAAACGCUAAUCAAAAUAGCUAUUUCAUUUUCAGCAUAAAAUGAUUUUUGAAAAAAACUUGCACACAACCGUAUAACUAAAACAUCAAAAAGAAUUUUUUUGUAAAUCUUAAACAAACUGGCCCUAAGUCCAGCACUUUCAAGAGGAAGAAGUUAGUGGCGAGACAGAGAUUUCAAAUGUGGGUUUAGCUCUUCAUGAGGAUUGUAAGUUGAAUGGCUGAGCCACUGAAGGAAGGUAACUGAUUCAUGACUGAGAAACUACUCUACUCUUGGUCAGGCUUGGACGUCGAGUUUGAAAUUAAGAUAACCCGUUCUCUGCUAAUUUUUUUUUGUUUUUUUUACUAAUUUGGUCAUGGGUUAUUGGAAUAGAAGUGAUGAACUCCAACUAACUUUUAACUCUGCAUCUUCUUACUUGCAUUAUGCAUUUCUGUUUUGAUGUCGGUCGGUUUCUUAGGUAAAAAAUCAUUUUGCAUUCAUGAAAUCAAUAUACCUUAUUUAUUUCUUUGUUUUGAAAUGGUAUGCAAAAUCAUAUAUAUUGGCUAUUCUUGUGGAUUGGUACUAAAGCUUGUUGAAUAUUGUGAUGAUAUCAAAAGAACCAACUGAAAUGUGGUGGAUUGCUGUUUCUCUUGUUGGAAGGCAAUCAUCUGGGUUUAGCUUUUACUUGAUUAUUGAUAUCUUUCCCUUUUUUUGUUCUAUAUAAAAAUUUGUGAAUUUUGGUUUGCUCAGGCAUUUUGUCAUGUGUUCUGUAUACCUUAUUAUGGUUUGGUGAUAUUAUAAUUUUGCUCUGUUACUUUCACAGGCAGUAUUAAUUUAAACACUUUCAUUUUCC